AUGGAGGGCAGCCUACAGCCACUCAGCCUGGGGAGGGGGCCCGCGCGGGUGGGGCACAGCCACGCCCUGGCGGAGCUCCAGGAGCUGGCCUUGACGUGGUUCACGGAGACGCAGGCCCCCUGCAUCCUGCAGAAUGGCGCAUUGCCUGCCUGGUUUCACGGAUUCAUCACCCGCAAGCAGACAGAGCAGCUACUCAGGGACAAAGCUCUUGGUCCCUUCCUCAUCCGCCUCAGUGACCGGGCCAUUGGCUACAUCCUGUCCUACAGGGGCCGUGGUCGCUGCCGGCAUUUUGUCAUCCACCAGCUCCCCAACCGGCGCUACUUCAUCUCAGGGGACACACACACCCACGGCUCUCUGGCCGAGCUCGUGUGCCACUACCAGGAGGUGCAGCUUGAGCCCUUUGGGGAGACGCUGGCUGCUGCCUGCCCCCGGCCAGAGGACGAUGAUCUGUAUGAUGCCAUCACACUGGGCUUCCACCAGACCAGCCUGGGCCCGGAAAACCCACCUGCGGGGGCCUCGGACAAGGCCGCCAGCCCCCGCGCCUCUCCAAAGCCGCAGCUCUCCUUCCUCCACGCGCAGAAGAGCCUGGACAUGAGUCCCUGGAACUCUGAGGAGGGACGGGUUCUCUCUGUCCCUGUCUCUCCAGGCCCCCAGCGAAGUCCCCCCGUGCCUGAGAGGAAGGCCUCCCUCUUGCACAUGUCUCUCGGAGGCCCCGGUGAUGUCAUCUACGCAGACCUGAGGAAGACGAAGCAGGCGCGGCUAGGCCUGGGCACAGUGGUGUCCGGCAGGCACGGGCAUCCAGCUGGCGGCCAGGCCUGCUCCCCAGGCAGCGAGGCCCGGCGGAGACUCUCAGACGGAGACCAGAAUAGGCCUGAGGGCCCAGGGCCUGUCCUCUCCACAGUGAGCCCAGACCGGGGCCCUCCUGGGUCUCUCCCUUCCCGGGGUCUCCUUGAGGCCCCCAGUUCUGAUGCCCUGGUAUCCCCGACUGUUGCCUGGAGGCAGGGGUUUCUGAAGCUGAGCCAAGGGGCUCGGCCCUGCCCGCAGAGCAGCUCUGCGGAGACCUACGAACUGGCCAGGAUGGCAGGCCGCCUACCGGAGGCCAGGGACGCGCCAGACCAGGGAGGCAGCACCUAUGAGCCGAUCCCAGUCUGCUGUGGGGGCCCAGCCAGGCCCCCACAUCCUGGGGCCAGUCCCACAUAUAGCAAACCGUCGGGGCCCAAGGACUGUGGCUACGAGAGGAUCUUGGGGCCCACAGGGCUCCCAGAGCCUGGGAACACUUACGAGCAGACCCCAGCAGCCAAGAGCAAGGAGCCUGCACGGACACGCAAGCCUGACAAGCCCCGGAGGCUCUUCUUCACAGACAAGAGGCACAAAUUCUGA